CAGCCAAUAACUCACCGAAAUCAACGCUUAUGACAACCGUUUAAAGAGACCCCUCAUCGCCGGGAUUAUCAUCUUCCCGGCAGCCACACUAUCAGUCGCUGCGAUGGGUGUACCGCGAUCGGUUCGUUUGCUGCCAAUUCUCCCACUGCUAGCGGUGUGUUGCGGGCCUGUGUUGGGUGCUUUGAACUGUAGUCGUACGUACGACAGCAACGUCCAGUGUGGGCUGCCCGUCCUGCAUCCUUCGGCGCUGCCGAAGCAACCGUCCGAGGCGCUGCGGGGCGAGUUCCCGUGGCACGUUGCCAUCUACCAGAUCGAGUACCGCAUCCCGGUGUAUAGCUGUGGCGGUUCGCUGGUCAGCAAUCGGUACGUGCUGACGGCGGCACACUGCGUCGUGAACUCCAACAACGGGUACACCCUCAGCCCGGACAGCUUCCUGCUGCAGGUAGGCUACCACGAGCUGGGCCUGGUGGUGGAGGGCUGCUCGCAAGAGCGGGGUGUGAGGCGCGUUUACGUACAUCCGGAGUUCCGCACGGGGACGUAUAGGCAUGAUUUAGCGCUGCUGGAGCUCGAACGUCCCGUACGGUUUAACGACCGUGUGCUACCGGUGUGUCUCGACACGGAGGAGGACGAUCCGGUCUCGUUCUAUCGCCAGAUCGGCAAAGUGCCCGGCUGGGGCUACACAGAGUUCGACGAGGUGUCCACCUGUCUGCGCAUGACGGAAGUGCCGACCGUCAACUAUACCCGCUGUCUGGCUAGCAACCCGGAGGUGUUCUCGAACACCAUCUACGACGGGAUGUUUUGCGCCGGGUACGCCAAUGGGACGAACGUGUGCAAUGGUGAUUCGGGCGGCGGGUUCGUAACGUUCCGGCAUGGACGCUGGGAGCUGCAGGGGAUCGUUUCGUUUACUGCGCUGCGUGACGCCGAAAUGGCCAUGUGUGACACGAAGCAGUACGCGGCGUUUGUGAAGCUGCGGUACUACCGUGGCUGGAUUGGCAGCGUGCUGGAUGGGUCGUGGCAGUGGUCCAAGAGUGACAAGUUGGUACAGCUGGAUGGUGAUGGGCCGCCCGGGAUGCAGCCGGAGAUGCCUACCGAUUGUGGCAAGCGCAGGAUCACCACGAUGCCACUGAUCGUGAACGGGGUGCGCAGUGUGGCCGGUGAGUGGCCGUGGCAUGCGGCCGUCUUUGCGGUGUCGAAACGGUCGCGCGAGUACCGCUGCGGUGGGACGCUUGUCAGCCAGCGGUACAUCUUGACGGCGGCAAGCUGUGCGGCCGAUUGGCACCACCGGAAGCGACCGUACGUCGUGCAGCUCGGCCAGCAUCAGCUGUGGGAAGGCUCACUCACCGGGCGGGAGGUACGCGUGCUGGGCGUGGAGAGUAGUGGCGAUAGCACGCUGGCGCUGCUGAAGCUCGAGGUGAGCGUGGAGUAUGAUGACUACAUACAGCCGAUCUGUUUGCCAUCUGCGGUGCCUGCGCGCAAUCAAACCGAUGCCGUCGGUGAGCGGAUCGGGCUUAUUGCCGGGUACGGGCAGACCGAUCCGGACGGGGACCCAUCGGCGUACCUGCAGGCGGCCCUGAUGCCCAUCGUGGACAGUGGGCUGUGUGUGAUCUAUCGGAUCUUUGACAAGCACGAGGAGCACAGGAUGUUUUGUGCAGGGCACGGCAAUGGAACUAACGCCUGCCGGGGCGAUCAAGGCGGCGGCUUCUACGAGGUAUCACCGCAGGGCGUCUGGACACUUACCGGCGUCAUCGGCAAGAUCAAUCUCUACCGCAAGCGGUGCGAUCCGUACGGGUACGUCGGGCUGGCCAAUGUGCUGCACUAUCUCGAGUGGAUAGCGGACAGGGUGCGGAGUGCGCUGGCGGGAGCCGUACCGGACACGGUACAGCCACCGGCAGGGCCGAAAGGGCAUCACUCCAAGGGAUGUCGACGUAAGCAUCAUCAUCAUGGAUCGCACAAGCGAAAGGGCGGUGGCUCGCGGGAAAGCGGAUCUAGCGAGGACAGUAACGAAAGCCGCGAACGCUCCAUCACCUCGUCCGUCAAGAACGUGAUGCAGGCGAAGGUGGACCUGGUGAAAGAUAUACACGGUGCGGCGGGUUCUACGGUUAAGAAAAUUUUCGGUUAAAUAAAACAAAAAGCUGGGCUCCUAUCUCACACUUCUUGGGU